UAAGACGUUGGGACCCUCUGCAAGGAAAACCAGGGAUUGGAAUGAUACUUCUGAAGAGAAUUGCCAUCAUCAUCUCAAAUGAAACAGAUGGACACAGGGAAACUGUGGCAUCGAUUUAUGCAUUUGAUUAAAUCAUCUCAUUUUUGCCGAUCAUGCCAAUUAUGCUUUGAAAUGGUAACAGUGUGCAAGGAUCCUUUCUGAUGAGGGAAAUGUAUAGCCUGACUGAUAUCCGAAAUAGAUUAUUAUAGCAGUUAUGCUAUUGACAAUAUUCAUCAAAGUGGAUGAAAUGAGCACACGAUUUGGCGCUGCUGAUGCUUCCUUUUGCAUCAGUUCGAUGUUGCAUGAGGCUGGGCACUGUGCCAAAUAGGGUUAAUACACUGGAUGUGUGCAUUAGAAGAUCAUGGUGUUUUAGCGCGUGUUGAAUUCUGUUAGCAUUUAUGGGGAUGUGCGAAAAUAUGUCUGUAGCUCAUCUACAGUGUGAUUGUCGCAGCGCACUCCGGGGCUCAAGCUGGGCUCGACACUGAUAGACUAACCUACGUUUGUAGCUGAAGAGGAGACAAGCAAGCUGAUGAAUGAUUUACCACCCUACCGAUCUAUCAAGCUGUAGCAAAAACAUAUAGCAAGCGUCUUCCUCGCCACCACGAUCUUUCCGGAUGUCUCUGCAAGACUAGGCAAGUCAGCUGGCUCGUCUCAAGUGAGGAAUCUGUUGCGCUCGCCGUCCUUGGAGAGCGCAGUUCGAGAGGUAGCCUACCCGAGCCCAUGGAGCUGCGCCCCUUGAUCAGCCUAGGAGGACGACACUAUGUACUAGCUCCCCGCUGAUGAUGAUGGGAGGAAUCAAUGUUCUCACUAGAAACCUCUUGAGACUGAGCGAACUCUGAGGAGCUCCGCCUGGGCUGCAACAACACCAGACAGGAGAGAAGAGACCGAGACAGACCAGACGCUGACUCUGCGUGCGCCAGGUUGGGCCUGGAUUCUUGCCGGCGCCUGUGGCUCUGGACAGAUAAGACAAACCUUUCCUGUUUGGGCAUUUGUCUGGACAGGGACAUCUUAGCUCUAUCACAUCAAAAAUAUAUAUAUAUGUAAAUCUACACUCUACCAAAGCAGCUUAAAGUUGAAGCAUCAAUUUAGCAGACAUUAGUAUUUUGGGGUCUGACCCUAAGCAGCACCCCAAAGAGCCUCUCCAGGGGCCAGUUUAGUUUAUCAGAGACUAGGCAGUGGUCACCAUGCAGGUCUCUUUUGCCUGCACGGAGCACAACCUGAAGAGCCGCAGUGAGGACCGGCUUUGUGGCCUUCGCACUGCGCCACCCCCUGGGGGAGGCAGUGGGGGAGGCGGAGGAGGGGGUGGAGGGAGCAGCCAAGGGGGUAAUGGCAACUACAACACCCAGGGCUCAGCCAAGCCCAGGGAGCAGUCAGGGUCCCGCCCGGUACCCCAGGGCCAUGCCCACAUGAAGGAGGCAAUAGGGCGCCACAGCAGCAUGAAAUACAGGAACCUGGGGAAGUCUGGUCUGCGUGUGUCCUGCUUGGGGCUGGGCACCUGGGUGACAUUUGGAUCACAGAUAUCUGACGAGAUGGCUGAGAACCUGAUGACCAUUGCCUAUGAGGCCGGGGUGAACCUCUUUGACACAGCAGAGGUGUAUGCCUCCGGCAGGGCUGAAAUCACCCUAGGGAACAUCGUCAAGAAGAAAGGAUGGAGGCGUUCUAGUUAUGUUGUGACAACCAAGAUCUAUUGGGGAGGGCAGGCAGAGACAGAAAGGGGACUCUCCAGAAAGCACAUCAUUGAAGGUUUGAGAGGAUCCCUGUCCAGACUCCAGUUAGAUUAUGUGGACAUUGUCUUUGCCAACCGGAAUGACGUCAAUAGCCCUAUGGAAGAGAUUGUCCGGGCCAUGACCUUUGUAAUAAAUCAGGGCAUGGCCAUGUACUGGGGCACCUCUCGCUGGAGUGCCAUGGAGAUCAUGGAGGCGUACUCAGUGGCGCGUCAGUUCAACCUGAUCCCACCUGUAUGUGAGCAGGCUGAGUAUCACUACUUCCAGAGGGACAAGGUGGAGGUGCAGCUCCCUGAACUCUACCACAAGAUAGGUGUAGGGGCAAUGACCUGGUCUCCCCUUGCGUGUGGACUGAUUACAGGGAAGUACAGUGAGGGUGUACCUGACAUCUCCAGGGCUAAUAUAAAAGUGCAGGGUUACCAGUGGCUGAAGGAGCGUGUCAACAGUGAGGAGGGACACAAGCAGCUGGCCAAGAUUAAAGAGCUCCACCUAAUGGCCGACAGACUGGGCUGCACCGCCGCACAACUAGCCAUCGCCUGGUGUCUGCGCAGUGAGGGAGUGAGCUCAGUGCUGAUGGGUGUCUCCAACACUGACCAGCUGGUGGAAAACCUGGGUGCCCUUACGCUUAUUUCACAGAUGACUCCACAGACCGUGGCUGAGAUUGACUCACUCUUGGGAAACAAGCCCCAGUCCAAGAAAGAGUCGCGAGCAUGAAGAGGAAACGAUGGUGCCAAGGACAAUCAGAGAAACAUGGAGAAAAGACGAUGACAUCAAGGAACGUUUUCUCUCUCCAGUAUAAUCGCUUGCAUGUCCUCAGCAACAUUUUUGCUUCAAGCAUUGCAUUGUAUCAUGUAUAAAAAAAGGAAAUAUUUUAAUGUGCAAAAACAAAGAUUAGAUCAUAUAUAUUACAGAUCCCUCACUGACUGAUAAUGUCCACAAACAGAGGGUGAGGCCAUAGCAUGGAGCAUUAGGUUUCUGUCUUCCAGAGAGACCAAUGAGGGCAAAGUUGGAGAUGGAGAGUGAUGGUGGUUGAAUGAAGGAGGCGCUCGGUAUCUUCAAGCAAACUGCACCAUACUUCAUCAACAAUGACAGUGUUAUCAAUGAGAUGAGAACUCUUUGAUGCCACGAAGCAACAUGAGGCACAGCUCUCACACUGACUGUGUGACUAGUGCUGUCAUAGGACAUACACUUUUUCUCUGCAGCUGCCUGUGAGUCCGUAUGAUGCCUAGUACCCAGCAGAGAGCCAAAGGUUAGCAUCACAUGAGUGUCUGAGUCGUCAUCUCCGUAUGUGACUGACCCGUCACUCUGCGUCCUUUAACAGCAGUUUCUUCCUUUGUAUCUUCUCUGUGUGUAAACUGUGCGCAUGUCCCUUUAAGAGAGACCAGCCCAAGCAGGGUGUAAAUGUGGCAUGGCUUUAGUUAUUUGUGCAGAUUUGCAGUGCCCCUCUAAGCAGUAUUUUUGCACUAGCAGGUGGGACGGGCUGAUCCAGGCUCUGCACUGGCAGGCACAUCGUGGCAUUUUGCUUUAUUUACUGUCUGCAGCCCGCUGACACGGUCUGUGUCCAUGUGACGUGUAUUGUCCUCCAUAUCAAACCAUUUCUGCGUCAAUGACAAUGAAAACCAAGGCUUUCCCUGCUUGUUUGGAAGAACCUCUUUACUCCUCCAUUAAAGACUGGAGUGUGGACCCCGUAAUGAGAGGCACAGUAGAUCAUUCCUACUCAGCCUAAGACACUGGGUACAAGCCACUGUGGUUACUAGCAGUCUUUUAAUGUCUUUAUGAUGCUUUGUUUUAGCAACAAAAACAUUUAAAUGAGGCCACAUAACAUGCAAAUCAUAACCUUUACAUCAAGAAUUCUGCUGUCCUCAAAGUGCAAUGUUCACCCCAUAAUGUUGUCUGUGUUCAGCUCACUGGGAAUGAGUCAGACAGAGAGAUGGGAAGCAGAGUGAAGUCAAGUUCCACUGGCCAAAAACUGGUUGAAUCAAUGUUGUAAUUUAAAAAACAAUCUAUGUGAUGAUGUUGAAUCAACUUGGAAAACUGAUUGGAUUUGUAAAAAGUCGUCAAUGUCAGGGAAUUUCCUCUUUUUUUCACCCAACCUUUAACCUAAAUCCAAUGACAAGGUUCCAUGUUUUGUUAAUUUAAACUUGUAUUCACACUAUUUGACAACCAAAUGUAAAUCAAAAAUAGACGUUGAACUGACGUCUGUGCCCAGUGGGGUGUUUGAAUUGAUGAGACUAUUGUUUUAGACAUAGGAAGUUUGGAACUCUUUUAGCAGUGGAGAAAUGAUGGGUGAGCACACUGACAAACAACAAAACAGAAACACAUGUACUCACUUACACUGUCAUCAGCCUGUAAAAUAGUAUUUCUAUAUUUUGCAAAAUAUGUAAAUAAAUGCACAGGACCUAAGGGCAAUCAGGAUUUAGACUGGUGGGAGGUGGUAUAUUUGGGGUCAGGGACAUAAAUGAUGAUUCUGACUUUGAUUGAGAUUUAGACUGUUGUUUUGGAAGCAGAUUAUAUUGGGUAUUUUAUUGGACAGCCUGGACACACAGCUGCUUAGCAUAUUUCUGUAGCUCAUUGUAGUUUUUCUUUCCAUACAAAAUAUGACUAUUCUCGAAUCUCUCCCAAUUUAUAUAUUUCUGUAAAUUUUCGUCUCUAUUUAACUUCUGUUAAUUACAUGUAGAUAUUACCCCCAGUAUCAGGACUUACUCCUGCUAUGUGAACCUCUCAUGUAAACCCUUGGUUUGUGAUAAGGCUCAGGAAAUGCUCCAGGGCACUAGUGAUUUUGGAAUGAGAGAGAGAUUUGUUCCACCAUUGUCAUCCCCCCUGUCAUUACUGAUGAGUGUUCCCGGUGAUUUUUGAUACUUGUUUGUUUAUGUUUUAAUCCCUGGUGUAUGUAAAUACUUUACUGUUAUUAAUUGGAAUAUGGAACAUGUUGAAUUCAUGUGAGUAUUCUGAAGUGAGCAAAUGACAGAUCCAACCAGAUUGACAUGUAGUUUUGUGCUGUGUUUAUGUAAUAUUAUUAACAGAAUCUAAGUUGAACUGAAAAUCAACUACCCAAUGUACAUAAAUGCCUAGAUUACUCCUUAAGACUGUAACUUGCCUGCAUAACUUAUAUUUUGUUGUCUUGAAACAAAAAAAAGAGAGAAAGAAGCCCUGUUUUGAAUGUAUUAUGCUUGCCCUUAAAAUAUCAGACAAAAUUAUAUCUUAUAUAACUCCUAUGUAUUUUGUAGGUGGUCAUGCAAACAUAUCUACCAGCAGCUUGGCAGGGCCACACACACAAACACAGUAGAUUUCAUGGUCUGUCUGCCUUCCGACUAUGGUGAAAAUUAUGAUAAGAUAAAUAUUUUGCAUUGAUUUUCAAUAAUAUCAAGCUUCCGUACAGUAUAUCUAUGCUCCCACGAUAACCAUAAAAUGGCUAAAGUGUUUUACAAUAUUGACAUUUUGAACAGGUUUGUUAAUAGUUAUUGCAUGCUACAAACAGGUUAUAGAAAAGAUUCUAGUGGCUUUCUAUUGAUGCAUCCCUUAUACUGUAUGCAUCAAAUCUGAUGCUAUUUAGAUGCUCAUCACAAAGUCACUCGUUGAGGGAUCUGGUUAUCCAUUUGUGUGUGAGCAGAAAGAAGACAAGGUGGUUUACGUUUAGCAGACAGCCAUAUAUUAUCCACACCGGUCACCCCCUUGUUCUAUGCCUUCUUAAUCUAAUUUGUUUUUAAAUGAAUGUCAAUCCACAUCUCUAAUGGACACACCUUCAUGGACCCACACCCUUUCCCAGUGCAUUUACAGGCUCUUCUCAACCUUGUGGAAUUUAUUUUUCACAGGGCUCAGACACUAUGUGAGUGAAUAAUGGCCAGCCAGAGUACAGAAGCGUCCUGGUGAGUCUUCAUGCACUUCACAUCUUCCCCCUCCAGUCUGCUGUCUGUCACUACUACUUCCCUUUGCUGACUCUCUCCUUCUGCCCCAUUUCCUGUGUUGAAAUAAACCCUCAAGACAACUGGAGGUCUGACCUUUGCAGAGUGAGAAACGGGGAGUGGGCAGGGAGAGACAUCAAGGUUACUUGUUGUGUUGCCAAUAAUGACAGCUUUUGUGUUAGAACUAUGCACUGCACAUACUGGAAAACCAGAA